AUGGCUUCUGUUGUACCCAUUCUCCAUAAUCUCCUCAACCAAAAUUCAAACCUCCCAUCUCUCUCUCAUUCUCAACCUCUUUUUUCAAGAUCCACCAACCACAAAUCCAAAUUCCUCAUUCUUUCAAGAAAACCUAAUAACUCGCCAAUAUUACUUCUCAAAUGUUCUCCUUCUUCUUCUUCUUCCAUGCUAAGCAAACUAGAAGAAGAUGAAGAAGACAGAGAAGAAGACAACGUCGGAGAUGAAGAAUUAUCACCACCACCACCACCACGACUACUACCAUCACCACCACCACCACCACCACCACCUCAGUUGAGCGAAGUAUGGGAAGAAAUCCAAGGUAAGAACAACUGGGAAGGCUUAUUAGAUCCAAUGGAUCCGAUUCUCCGGAAAGAAAUCAUUCGUUACGGUGAGUUUGCUCAAGCAUGCUACGAUUCCUUCGACUUUGAUCCACACUCCAAAUACUGUGGAACCUGCAAGUAUCAUCCUUCACAUUUCUUCGACAAACUAGACAUGGCUGAUAGUAGUGGAUACACCAUAACACGGUAUCUAUACGCAACUUCAAACAUCAACCUUCCUAACUUUUUUCAGAAAUCUAAGAUCUCUUCUGUGUGGAGUACACAUGCUAACUGGAUGGGAUACAUCGCUGUCGCCACCGAUGAAGAAGAAAUUAAACGGCUAGGACGCCGUGACAUAGUUAUUGCAUGGAGGGGCACAGUGACAUACAUAGAAUGGAUAUACGACCUAAAAGACAUUCUACACGAAGCAAACUUCAGAAAUGACCCAACAAUCAAAGUAGAAUUAGGCUUCUAUGACUUAUACACUAAGAAAGAAGAUUCAUGCAGUUAUUGCACAUUCUCAGCUCGAGAACAAGUCCUCUCCGAAGUAAAACGCCUUCUACAAUACUACGAAGAAGAAGAACUCAGCAUCACAAUCACAGGACACAGUCUCGGUGCCGCGUUAGCCACACUCAGCGCCUACGAUAUCGCCGAACUAAAGCUAAACGUCGUCGAAGAUAGUAACAAUAACAAAACGAACGUCGUCCCUGUAACCGUUUACUCAUUCGGAGGCCCUAGGGUUGGGAACUUGAAGUUCAAAGAAAGGUGUGAUGAACUAGGUGUUAAGGUUUUGAGAAUAGUAAACGUGCAUGACAAGGUUCCAACAGUGCCGGGGAUAAUAACAAACGAGAAAUUUCAGUUUCAGAAGUAUAUAGAAGAUACUUUGUCUUUCCCAUGGAGUUACGCACAUGUUGGAACUGAAAUUGCCUUGGAUCAUAGAGAAAGUCCUUUUUUGAAGGAAAAUGGUGAUUUGGGUUGUGCACAUAAUUUAGAGGUACUUUUACAUUUAAUAGAUGGGUAUCAUGGGAAGAAGAAAAAUUUUGAUUUGGUUUCGAAAAGAGAUAUUGCACUAGUGAAUAAGAGCUGUGAUUUUCUACGGAGUGAGUAUGGUGUACCUCCACAUUGGAGACAAGAUGAGAAUAAAGGGAUGGUGAGAUCCGGUGAUGGACGGUGGGUAUUGCCUGAACGGCCACAAUUGGAAGCUCAUCCACCGGACACUGCACAUCUUCUUAAGUUAGUGCUUAAAUAUCACAUUCUCGUUAAUGGUAAGUUUCAAUCAGGAACCACGUGA